AUGGAAUCUUCGGAGAUACAACAUUUAAAAUCUACACAAAAUAAUGGAAAGGAACAAAAUAUGUGUCAACAAGAUGGGCAUAUAACUUCAUUACAAGACAGUUAUAACGAAUCUGCAAAUACUACAGGAAAAACGAAUCCUUUAGAGGGAUACUAUACAGUAACACAUGAAGAUGACAAAUCGAUGGAUGCAAAUAAUAUACCAUAUAUAAUACCCGAUAUGACCGAAUCUGGAAUGCCCAUAGAUCCAACAACUAUGCAAGCAGCUGCAGCUAUAAAUCAAAGUUUAAUGUAUCAAAAUCAUGGACUCCCCGCAGAUUACCCCUAUCAAAUGUUUAACGGAAUGAACGGAAUGAACGGAAUGAAUGGAAUAUAUGGGGGAAUUCCUCAGUAUUAUGGGGGAAUGAAUGUACCGAUGAAUCCCUAUUAUGACCCUUAUGGAAUUAUAAAUCCUUUAUCUUGUGCUUCCCAAAAUUUAGAGAAAGCCAAAAAAAGAAGCAAAAAAUUUUACUGCUGUUGA